AUGUACCAGUUUUUCAUGGAGAACGACAUUCAGAGCACCUUCACAGAGACUGUCAGUCUUCCGAGAGACGUCCAGCUGUGGAGGAAGUGUAAGAUGCGCAUCUUCACUGUGGCCCAGAUGGACAACAGCAUCCAAAUGGAGAAGGAUCUCCAGAUGUUCCUUUACCACCUGCGACUGAAUGCAGAAGUGGAAGUGGUGGAGAUGCAUGAUAACGACAUCUCAGCCUUCACCUAUGAGAAGACCCUGGUGAUGGAGCAAAGGUCUCAGAUGCUGAAACAGAUGCAGCUCUCCAGGACUGAGAGGGAGAGAGAGAUUCAGAGUAUCACUGACGAGUCGCGUAACUCGAUCCGGAGGAAGAACCAGGGCGCCGCCCCGAGCACGACCCGCAGCCGGCCGUCCUCCACGGCGGAGGACACUCAGGAGGACGAGGUAGCCGAUGUUGUCAACCCACUGUUCCCUCGCUGUUAGUUACACAAACCCGUCUUCACAAAGCUGGAUCUUUG